AGCCCACGGACGCUUUGUCCGUUUUUUUAUGUUUAUUUUGACAGAUGACACUGACAAUUGUAAAAUGUAAAUUAUCGAUAUGGCGGGUUUUCGAGAGAUAGAUAAAGCAAUAUUUCCGAUAAAAAAUGUCCCGUCCGUUGUUCGAUUAUUCAAAUCCCAACUAGAAGGACCAGGGGAACCCGAUCUCGCACUACUUUCAAUAGUUGUCGGCACAAUUGAAAAUUCGCUGACAUGCCGGUCAAACAUAAGUUUCCAAAUAAGCGAACCCGUAGAACCAAGCAGUUUGCCUAUUUUGGAAUUGCACGUUAUUGAAGAAAUGUACAAAAAAUUCCAUGCAAUAAUAAAGGGAGCAAUUGAUUUAAAAAAUUAUUCCAAACCGUUUGCUACUCGUGAUUUGGUUAAAAAAGUUUCUGAUAUCAUCUGGAAUUCUUUAACAAGAAGCUAUUAUAAAGAUAGGCCCCAUCUACAAAGUUUGUAUAGCUAUUUGAAUGGUAGCAAAUUGGACUGUUUUGGUGUGGCAUUUGCAGUUGUAGCUGGAUGUCAAGUUCUUGGAUUCUCAGAUGUGCAUUUGGCAUUGUCAGAAGACCAUGCCUGGGUAGUAUUUGGGGAGUAUGCCAAUCAGACUGCAGAAGUAACUUGGCAUGGAAAAGGUAACGAAGACAAGAGAGGCCAAGAGAUUGGUAGAGGAGUAUCUGCUAGGUCUUGGCUUUAUGUAAACAAUAGACCUGUAGUAUGUACAAGGCAUAUGGAGGUAGCAGCUUUAGUAUCUGCUAUUAAUCCUUCUUUGAAUGCCACCCAUGAUGCCUUUGAAGUUGGUUUACUUCAACAAGAAUUACUCUGGCUUCUUUAUGAUCUGGGUCAUUUGAAAAAAUACCCUAUGGCUUUAGGGAAUUUGGGUGAUCUUGAGGAAAUUGCUCCAAAGGAAGGAAGAAUUCCUUGUAAUACUUUAUUCAAAGAGGCCAUACAGUCAGCAAGAACACAUUAUAAUAAUCAACAUGUUUACCCAUAUACUUAUCAGGGAGGUUAUUUUUACCGACAUAAAAUGUACAAAGAAGCUUUUGAAAGCUGGGCUAACGCCAGUGAUGUGAUAAGAUUAUAUAAUUAUUCAAGAGAUGAUGAAGAAAUAUACAAAGAAUUUUUAGAAAUAGCGAAUGAACUUAUACCUCAUAUUAUGAAAGUAGAAAGCUCAGGUUUUAGUUCAAACUCCAUCCUCAAGAAGCCUGAAUGUUUUGCAAAUCUUUUGAGGUUUUAUGAUGGCAUAUGUCAAUGGGAAGAAGGAAGCGCAACACCAGUAUUACAUAUAGGUUGGGCCAAACCUUUAGUAAAUACAAUAUCCAAGUUCGAUUCUGACGUUAGGGCUAAGGUGAAUAUUAUCUGUGCUGAAAGUGAAGAUGAGAAAGGUACCAAGGAGACAAACGGUAAUUUAUUCAACAACAAUAAUAAUAACUAUGAAAAAGAAAAUGGAACUUCAACCAAAAAGGGGGAUAAAGACCAGUCCACUUCCAAUUUCCACCCCAGCAUUGAGGCCUUAACAGCAGCAUGCUCGGAAAAGCUUCUCAAUCCAGAAUAUCUUCUCCAAGGUGAUGGUUCUCCAUUUGUAGGAGGGGAAGAUUCUACAAAACAGGAAAUGAAUGGUAAACCAAGUACCUCAAAAAAAGAAGAUGAUAAUGUUACUAAAAUAGAUACAAAUAAGGCCCAUUCUGAAGAUAUGAGUGAAGAGGCAGAAAAAGAUAAGGAGGACAAGCAUCCGACAAUCAUUCUCAGGAGUCAUAAGAUGAAAGAACUGAAGGACCUCUUACUCAGUGAAAAAUUAAACACUCAGGCAAUUUCACUGCACCUGACUGCUCAGUCACAGGUUCAAGUCAACAAAAAAGGUAGGAGUGACAUGGAUAAUGUAAGGCCAAAAAGGGCCAGACGGGAGUAGAUAUUUCCUUCUGGAUUAAUCACAAAUGUUUGUAAAAUAGACAACACUCUGACGACGGACAUAAGUCACAUUUGGGCCAAUCUAUCCACAUUGUGAUAUUUUGAUUUUAAAUUGAAAUUUCUAUCAAAAUUCGGUGUGUGUAUUGUGAAGAUGAUAUUUUUAGAAUGUUUUGCUUUUGCAAAAAUCCGAUUUUGAAACGUUAGCGAAUGAUGACAAUUUUUUAAGGUGAAGGUGCUAUGACUAGAAAUUUAUGAGUGAUAUUAAGAUUUUUGAGCUUCCUGAUUUUGGUACCCUUAUAAAUUUGCAGUAUGCAAAGUAACACCUUUAACCAAAUGAUAUUUGUAUGGAUUUUUCUCUUGGAAUUUCUUCCAAACAUUAUGAUUUCAAUAAUAUUCUCACAUUAUCGCCGCAUGACAUUGGUUCACUGCUGUCAAUAAUAUUGCUUGGUUUUGUUUGAAGUAAUGAACGAGUUCAGAAAUGCUUGCCAUCCUUGUAAAUACUCAAAAAAAACCAAUACAGUGGAAUUUUUUUUCUAACUUACCUAAAUGCAACAUCUUGGUAGAUGAGGAGCCGUUUUUAUCACUUGCAUUUGAUAGCUUGUACAAUUCCAAGGAUUGUUGAAUAAUUAAGGCAAUCAAAGGCACAAAUAGAAUUUAAAAAAAGUAUGGUUCCAUUGUAGGACUUUUUUAGAGUUCUUACAAGGUUGGAAAGCGUAUCUGAACUCGCCCUUUGUGAAAUAAUGGUGUAAAUAAAAUCAAGAUUUCCAUAAAUCCAAUCCUAAAAAUGCUACUGCAAACUAAGAGGUACUUUUAUUUUACUUUACAGUAUUCAUAAUCUUUGAGAAAAAGUGAUAGUUUUGUGGUUGCAGGGUUUUCUGUGUAGUCUAAUUUACAAAUAUUUUCAUGAAACUAUCAUUCUCGUGUACUUAAAGCUGUAGGGCAUUAACUUGCAAUAUUCACAAUAUUCUCUUUGCAUCAAAUCGAAAUAGAGCAUGACAGAAUCAUAAACAUGAUUGAGCAUUUAGAAAUCAAAACUAAUUGUGCAAUCCUCCAUAGAUUGGUUAGAUGUAACUUCAGUGAAAUAGUACUAUACACCACUACAAUGUUGUAUAGUGUGUGGUUAAAAGUCUGAUCAAGAUCUUUUAAAAACAAUAAAAUUCUGGUGGCUGAUCCUCGAUAGCUUGGUUGGCAGUACCAAAGGUUUGUCAAAUUGUGAAUUGUUGGAAAACAAUAUUUCUGGCGCAAUACAGAAAAAAGAUAACCUCAUUGACUUCCUUCAGUAAGUCUUAUAUGAUUUUUUUAUCAGAAAUUUUUUUGAAUGAUUUAAAAAUCAUAUUUAUUCCUAACUUGGAUUUUCUUGUUUUAAGAUCUUGACCUGGACUUAGUUUUACUGUAUGAACCAUAAGUUCAGUUGGACUGAACUAUCAAUAUUACAAUACUAAGGAAGGUUAUGAGUGUGAUUUCAAUAUAAGGACUGAUGAUCAUGAGCUACGUUUUACGCUGUGUCUAGCUUAAAUGAGUAUAGUGCGGUGCGUUACGUACAAUUUUAUAGUUAGCCGAACUAAAAAGUAGAAAGAAACAAGAUUCAGAAAAAUUUAGUUUGGUUUGACUUAAAUUAAUAAAACUUUCUAUGCGUUUGCACGCAUACGACUGCGAGGAAAAUAAGACAUUGCGUGCGUUACGAUAUUCUAUAUGCGUGCAAGUUUCCUGCAAAUCGCGCUUGAGGUACUCGAGACGACUGUCACGGCUGUCAACCAACAACAGCGUAGAGCACUGCGACUAGAGCCGUUAACCCCGCCGACGAUCUUCGUCGAUAGACAGUCUUGAUAAUCUUCCCGAGAAAAACGGACCUCACGCUGGACAAUUCGAUUAUUUUUUCCAUUGCUUGCUUUAUCGUAAAACACCAUCGCAAGCAAUGCAGCGGAAGCAUCGUACUAGUCUCAUCUACGCUGGAUACAGCGUAAGGGUUCCAACCAUUUUCAGAUACCUCAAUACAUCUGGCUAUCCAUAAAUGAUUUAAUUGAUAACUUCGAUCCAUCAAACUCCAUUUCAAUAUCGUCCUCAUCUCCUCCAAAAUAGCUUAAUUUUUCAUUUGCUUCAUUUGCGCAUAAUUAAUUGCUUCAGUAAUCUCACGAAAACAUUAUCUCGAAUGAUCCAGUACAAAAUACGAUAUUUUAAGUAAGUACGAAAGCAAUGGCAGUACAUAUUUAGUUUUGAAAUAUCAGGUUUCUCAUUAGAUAACUGUGUUAACUUAAGAAUAAGUUUAAAGUAUGUGAUGCACUCUGAGUAAUAUUAUCUUGAAGGUCAUAACUGUCCAAAUCUCAAAUGACACUUGCGAUGUACGGAUUUUGGACAGGUAGGACUAUUUAUGCACGAGUUACAAUGUUAGGUUUUCGACACGUUAAAGUUAAAACUGUUUUAGAUAAUGUUAGACAUUCCCCAGUGAUAUGUUCACUCUUAUUAUUUGGUUGUUAAUGUGCAUUUUUGCAUCUCAAUGUUUUAUAAUGCUAUUUAUUGAAUAUUUCAAUGCACGAUGCAUUCAGUCACUGUUAAUUUAUUAUUUUUCUCAAGAAAUGUGGUGGUGAAGGGACUUCAAAUAUAUUAAUCAUUCAAAGAGUAUUAUUUUUGAGAAAAAUCUAAAAUGGAGAUUAUUUAAAUUAUUUUUUAUACUUUUACUUUUUAUACUGAGUUUGAAAAAUAUUCAGAAAUAACGCCUUUGGACCUUCAUCCCCAGGUAAAUUGAAUUCCUGUUUCAAAUCUCUUUUUUUUUUGCACAUAUUUAGAUAUAGUUUUUCCCCCAACUGAAUUCUGUAGUUUGAAAUAAAACUGCAGAUUCUUUGAAUCUAAAUCAAAAUAAUUCCUGAUGAUUUUUUUUUAAUUCAAUUUGAUAGAACAGUGUAUUUGGAGUAUUAUUUUCUCAUUUGACUAGAGCUGAAAAGAUUUUUUUGAAAACUUUAAUGCAGGUAGUCUACAGUCCAAUUUUCUUUAGAAUAUUUGAUUCAGGUGUAGUUAAUAAGUGUUUCGUUAGUAAUUCUAGGACAGAAUGAUGAUGCGGCAAAAUUAAAUUAUUGUAGUCUGUGAUGAACUAAAGGGUGACUAAUGUAUUUAUUGAUUAAUGUAUUUGUAGAGAUAUAGGUAUUAUUGAUGAUGUAUUUUUCUAACCGAAAAAUAAUUUUUAUCAGAAUCUUCCAUUUUCUUUGUUGAUGUUACAUUAUGCAAAGUUUAACUUACAAGUUUUGGAGGUAACCUAAUUACUGUUAUAUUCAAAGGUUCUCCUAACACAAAUUAUGUACAACAUCACAUUAGGAUUAUUAUCUGAUGACAUAUGUAUACUAAUAGGAAGUACUACUUAUUGUAAUUCGCCCACAAUAAAUCAAAUGCAUACACAAA